UCAGAUGAUGUGAGGGCUCGAUGUGAUGGUCGUUUCAAAUCAAACAUGACAGAAAACAGCCAAAAUCUUGGCUAAUUUAAACCCGAUCUUGCUUCUUACCAGGUCAUGGACAGCGUUAGAUACUUGUCUUAUCAUCAAUGGAGGACAAGAAAGGAAGGAGACGAGAAACCUUCGCGUUACCAUCAAAAACUUCUGGCCAACGUUGAAAGCCUACAGAACAAUGUCUCGUCCAUUGAUAAGUUGAUCUCCGAGUAUUUAGACGCUACUAAAACCUAUUGUGGGGCUGGUUCUCACUUAGCUGAAGCGUUCUCUUCGGUGUUGAAGGAUACUCCUUUGUUAGAGAUAACACAGCAGUUAAAACAAGUGGUUGAGGAGGUUGAUCAUGUCGCACAUAAGUCCAGUGUUCACAUCAUCAAUCAUAUCCUCGGCACUUUAUGUGAGUUUACCGCUACUUUUCCCGAUCUAAAAAGGGCGAUCGAAGCUCAUAAAAGAUGUGCACAGAACUAUGAAGCUUGUCAAGAGAAUCUAGAAUCCUUAGACAAAGAUGAAAGCCUCUCGGAAGGCUCGAAACGGUUUAAAAUCGCCAAGAAACGUUUCCGGUCGGCCGAUGAGGAGCUUUCCACUGAAGAAGAAAAUCUUUAUCGUAGUUUUACCGAAGUUGAAGAAAAUCGUAUAAAAAUGUUAGGGUCAUGCUUUCUGUCACUCCUCCAAGUCCAGUCRCAGUUUUUGACGGCAUCAUCUGAGUUGAUGUCGCCUUUGGGCUGCUUUCAAGAAAUAGGUGAUUAUCUGCGGGACAGAGAAGUCACUUUAGCCUUGAAGGAUGCGACUUCUGCUUGGCUUUCUUUAGCACAGGCAAACCAGAGCUUGCGUCAARGGAAAGGUCUGACAAGGGAAGAUGUACAACUGUUGAUGCAUAGUUUUGAUGAAGAAUUACCUGAACCAGAAAGAAAGCAGUUGGCUGGUAGAGUGGACUUGCUUCUCAAGAAUUACCAAAAGGAGUUUGAAAGGGCUCCAACGCCAGAGGCUGACAUCCCAGGUGGAUUUCAUAAGCAUCCUAAAGGUGCUGAGCUGGCUCUCAAGGGAUGUUGCUCUGAAACAGAAGCAUUAGCAGCAGGUGGCCAACAAGGAAUAGUUUCUGAUGAACAAAUGGAGGCAGAAAUUCUUAAACAGAUUCCUAAGCUAUUGCUUAAAAUUGGUACUGUUACCCACGAGACAUGCCCUUCCCCAAGUAAAGCCCCUGAUAACUUAAAAUCCAAGCUGCACUGUAUACGUGAACUUGUGAACACAGUUGCCACCCAUAAUGACAUCCCUCUCAACAAAGAGAACCUUGAUAAUUUUGUGUUAUCUGUCCUCUACGAGCCCUGCUCACCUAUUUGUGUUUCUUCUGCCAAAACUGCUGUGCAGUUACUCUUUGGAAGAGCCAAUCUAGUAACCAUAAAACCGUGUAAAGACAGCAACGCUCGGCUGGCCCAAGUGGCUGUCAAAAGUACAUCUGUCCAUGUGGAAGUCCUGUCAACAUGGUCAAUCUUGGCAAACCAAGCCCUAUUCUCCUGUAUAUCUCGGGAUUUAGAUUUGAACACACCUCUGGGUAUAGUGGAAGCAACUUAUGUGGUGAAGUUCAGCCUGAUGGACUUCCUGGAAGAUAAGGAGCGCCCGUUACCAACCAUCUACAUGAAGCGUUACAACAGCCCUCACUCACCCCAAACCCAACCCAAACAAGAAUCAUCUCCUUCUCACAGGCAGAACAGGUUCCGCAAGUCCCUGACCAAGGCCACGUCAAAGAUCUUUUCUCGCAAGUCAGCUCAGGGUGCCAAAGCGUCGGGUAAUUCUGCCAAUCCUCCUGGAUCUCCGAGUUCGAACUCUGUACCGAGUACUGGUACAGYAUCACCAGGAAAUGAAGGAUUUCGUAUGUCAUUCAUCACCUCCAGCACUGACACUAGUAAUGAACAGGAUACUGAUAUCGAAGAACCUGCACCCCUACCCCCACCACGCCCUAAACACUGGGCCCGUAAGGUACAGGCACAGAACAUGGGUCCAGGUGCUUUGAUCAAACCUGAUGGUGAACUGACUCAGAGUCAUAAGAAAAGUGAUGAUUGGUACCAAACAGAUCCCAAGUUCCCUUUGCCAAAGUUCAAGCCGACACUGUCAGAUUCACAGAGUCAAUUAUCAGUGGCAUCGCAGCAAGAACUGGACGAGGUCAUCAAGUUCCUUUCCGGAACGCCACUCAAGUCAAGACCACCUCCUAGUGUUGAUAAUGUCAGUCAUGUUACCCCAGCUGAUAGUGGACUUGGUAGCUCCUUGAGUAUUGCCUGCAGCUCAAUCACUCUUGCAAGCAUUACUGGAGGACUAGAAGGGGCAGGACGGGAAGCAGCUUCCGUUAAGGCUCCUAGAGUCGAGGUAUCGGAACCCGAGGCUUCACAGAAUACAGACUCGACCGAGACACCGAAAGAAACAAAGAAGGACUCGAAACCACGCAAAGGAAAAAAUAAACAGGAUUCAGAAACAAAGAAAGAAAAUAACAAGACAAGUAGUGAGUCCACAAAGGGAAAGAAAUCCAGUAAAAAGUCUAUUAAAAGUCAAGAUUCUGGGAAGUCUGGAGUUGAUGGGAAGGAAACCAAGAAUGACCACAAGAAGAAAACAAUGGCGGAGGAACCCAAAGCCAAAGACGGCGGUCGGAAAACAGAAGAAGUAACGAAGGAGAAAGCUGGUGGCCAGAAGAAAGUGGGAGAGACAGAUGAGAAAGUUGGUGGGCUGAAGACAGAGUGUGGCACAGACGAGAAAGUUGGUGGCAAGAAGACAGAGGGGGGUACUAAGGAGAACGAUGGUGGGCUGAAGGACGAGAAGAAGGAUGGUACUAGUCCCGUUGUAGUGACUGUCAGCUCUGUUGAUGACGAUAAGGAAAAGGGAGAUCAAAGUAAAGUAACGAUCAGUGAGAGUCUCAGGAGUGUGUGGGAAAAUGCUGAUCCCGCUAAAAAACGUGACAGCGGAGGAGUAACAGCUCUUCAACUGAGCCGCCUGAAAGAAAAGUAUGGCUCCCAAGAAACUUUGUACCACAGCUGCUGGUCUUUGUCCGAGUUCGACGGCAAUGAUAAAGACAACCAGGACGAGGAUACCAGGAGCCUGAAUGAGAAUAUGUUGCCUAGCAACGCCUCUCCUGUGAUGGAUCUUGGUCUGAUGUGGUCUCCUGGGUUUGCGAACGACGUGUGGAGUAGUAAUCCAAACAUCAAGGAUUCAGACGAGGCCGAAAAUACUCACUGGUGUAGAUCGGACGAGACACUGGACCGAAGCACCCAUGGCGGCAAGAAUGUGUUUUCCUUGGGACUGGGCAUCACAGGACCUGAACUUUUUGCAGCAGCUAGUCAAGCAGGUCGAGAUGAUUAUGUAAAGGAGAAAUGUCUUACCAUUCCUGAGAUGAGUAAACCUCGARGUGCCGAGGACUUGAGCUGCAAGGAUCCUUGGCCAAGUCGCAGUACCUCCCCCACCCCUCACCCCCACUGGACCAAGACUGCCUCCUUGAACGACGAUUCCCACCGACAGUCUGUUCAUCGUCAAACCCUACCUCCCCAACAUUACAGCGACCCAUUUUUACCUAACGAUCAUUGGUGGAGCCAAGUAGGCCCAGGCCUUCCUCAUCCCUCAAACCCUCGUUACCAGCAAUACCUCCAACGCCAGUACGCGGUUGACGUGAACUACCAGGGUGUACAAAGCAAUCCCCACGGAGGGUACUCUUCGAUGGGCAUGUCCGCCUUCCAUCCAGUUCAGCAACGCUUUUCCAAACCAUCUCGACCAGCGCAUUUACAAGUCCCGCCACACUACCCGAAUGGUAACGGGUCUGGUAACAACCACCACGCUUCAAAUCCCCGGUUUUAAUCUGUCAAGACACUGGAUACCGUAAGGAUAUGCUUUUACAAGUAAUUGCGAUUUACGACUGGCAAUAUUACAAAGUUUUAAACUCCAAAGAAGUGUUCGGUUUAAAAUCUUGUAAUUUCCUGUAGACUUAGUUUUUGACUUAAUUUUUGCGACAUCUAUGUUUUGUACCGUGUAGUGAGUUCGAUCGACGAAUUCAGACACUUGCUUGGAAACCCCUUUUCGUUCUUCUAUUUUUUUUCGUCCAAAAAGCCGUUUUAUUAUUCUAUUUUUUCAUCUUUGCUUUUAUUAAUUAAUGAUACAAAAAUUACAAAUUCAGGAUCAGUGUCCUAGAUUGGUGGCUAGUCCUUCUGUACUCUUAUUCAAGUUCUUGUUGAAGCGUGAUUUUCACCACGGACGCAAAAUAUGCAUUGUGAUGUAGCAAGCGCAAAUAGUGCUUUAGUGUGGGCUUGCUAUGUCGUGCUAGCUAGAGUGCAUACCAUAUAUCCGUGAAAACCUUUGUAAGAAAUUGCACAAAUUUGCACAAAUUAGUAAUUUCAGUGAACCGUAGACCUACAAAACUUUGCACAUGUUUGUACGGAUUUGUACAAUUUUGUUAGUUUUUUUUUUCACGGAUAUAUGGUAUGCUCUUUAACAAUGAAAAACUGUCUGUUUGCGUUCGUCGCUAUGCUUGUACUUUUGCUAGUGUAAACCAGAAUUGCGUUGCCUUCCAUUGGCAGCUUUGAUAUAACCGUUAACUAAUCUUAAAGUAGCUGAGGCUGUUUAGUGUCUGUCUUGAUCUCAUUUAUAUUCUUCAAAAGCUCUUGUUCACAUAGCAAUCGGCAUCUUUCGCAGACUCGUCGAUGCUCUUCUCUGGACGAGUACGAGGAAAGACGCCGGUUGCUGUACUUGUACUUUUGGAAAUUUAUGAGAUCAAGCUCACACCGCCUAGUAGUCAUGACAAAAAAGUAUAUACAGUAUAACCUUUCGCGAACACUUUGAAGUAGGUUACUCAGUCGAUACUGUAGUUUUAUUUAUUUUACCAUUAUUCGAAUUUCAACAAAAUUAGUUAUCCGACUCCCUGGAUGUAAUUUUAAAUGCUCCCGGUAGUUUGUUUUCUCGUUUUUAUGCUUUUUUGACCAAAAAUAAAAAAAAUGAAGUAUA